CCCUAACUCGCCCGCCAAAACGCACCGCAAAGCUACGGGAGGGUCGCUACCUGCUCUAGAAGUCGCCCUCGGCCUGCACAGUGCCAGAGAGACAUUGUGAGUCUGCGCUCAUUGUGUACAGAACUGGUAUAAACAGCCAUCCUCUUCCAUAGGCAAGAUCCUCCCCUGAUCAGCAUCCAGCAUGGCUAACAUCUCAGCCCCUCCCCAUUCCUCCAACGCGCCGCGGGACGGCGAGCCCUGGUGCCAGCUGCUCUGCGACCCAAGCGCCGAAUCUCCCCAUCCUCCACCCACAGCACCCCUCUACCUCCUCCGCUGCUGCAACCACUACGUCUGCCGCAACUGUCUCACGGCCGAUCUUUUCUACGCCCCGCCGGAUAACGACAUCAUCGCUUGCGCCUUCUUCAAGUGUGAGCGCACCCUCGCAAUCGUGCUUCGGGAUCCUGUCGAAGAACUCGUUCUGAACUCGAAGGCCUACGAGAAAGCGGAGGAAUACCGAAAGGAUACGGAGAACGUUGUGAAUCCGAUUAUUGUGCUCAAUAACGAGGCGGAAGUGUUCAUGCGUAAGCUUUGGAACCGAAUGGCUCAGCUCAAUGCACCUGGUCUUGAAGACCUCGGCGGAGGAGAUCCCAUGGCUAAUUCAUGCUUUGCAGCGAUCAAAACCUGGUUCGGAGAGCAGGUCGUAUACGAGGACAUUACACCCGGGCGCUUCCUCCUCUCGCCGCUUGAGAUCCUGAAAGAGUUGCAGGAGGUCGUGGACAAACACCUUUUCGACUACGCGCUUGAGGUCGCUCCUGAACUAAUUGCAGUUGGGCGUAACCACGACGAGGAGGCGGUUGCGCAGAAGGAGAUGCUGAAGGCUGCUAUGAAAGACUAUACGCAGGUUGAGUGGAUGGACCGCGUCUGGACAGACUUCAUAGAGGCGCUACAGGUUUUGCUGCUUUGGCGGCACUUGGAGUGGUUCGAGGCUAUCAAGCACUUGGAGGUUCCUCGCGACUGAGACUUAGCCGGACGCUGAAGGCCGAUAC